AUGAGCCUGCCUGAUAACUUUUAUAUAAGGCGUGUGGAAGAAAGGGACUUCGAACAGGUCACGGAGACGCUGAAAGUACUGACCACCGUAGGCACCAUUGCACGCGCAUCCUUCAGCAAGCUCUUAAAGUAUUGGAAUGAAGCCACAGUAUGGGAUGAAAACAACGAUAAACAGAUCAUGCAGUACAACCCCAUAGUGAUCGUGGACAGGCGCACCGAGAGCAUCGCCGCCACGGGGAACAUCCUCAUCGAAAGAAAGAUUAUUCAUGAAUUAGGGUUAUGUGGCCACAUCGAGGACAUCGCGGUAAACUCAAAAUAUCAAGGCCAAGGUUUGGGCAAGCUUUUGAUCGAUCAAUUGGUGGCCAUCGGGUUCGGCUACGGCUGCUACAAGAUUAUCCUAGACUGCGACGAGAAAAAUGUCAAGUUCUACAAGAAAUGUGGGUUUGGAAACGCGGGCGUGGAAAUGCAAAUUAGAAAGUAG